AUGAAUACGCCCGAUAAUUAUCACAAAUCACACAAUACCCUCAAACAGGAUGUUGGAGAACUCUUCAAGAUCUUUUCAAAGGAGCUGAAAUGGCAAAGCGAAGGUGAAGAUACAUUUUGUGAUGUCGGCACUGGACCAGGUGACUUCUUCAACGAUUAUAUAUAUCCCACGAUUAGUAAGAAGUGUAAUAAAAUAGUACUCAGCGAUAUCUCAAAAGAAAUGUUGGAGUAUUGUCAAAAUAAUAUGCAACACUCGGAGAAGAUUGAAUACAAAAGAUUUGAUAUCGCUGCAGUUAAUGGCAUACCUAUCGACUUGGAAGGCCAAUUUGAUCAUUUAACUUCAAUGCUUGUCCUGCAUUGGGUUUCCGAUUAUAGAGUGGCUUUGCGAAAUACCUUAAGUUUACUGCGACCACAAGGUGGUGAUUGUAUUGUUAUUUUCUUCUCAUGCAAUAGUUUCUGUAAAGCCUGCAACAAACUCAGCAACAGCUCAAAGUGGUCCUCCUUCACUCAGGGCAGAGGUCUGUUUAUACUGCCAUUUGAGGAUUCCAAUGAUUCUAAAAAAGAUUUUCGAAAUAUGAUGUUAGACGAAGGAUUUCGUAACAUUAAUGUUGAUAAGAAGACUAUUUUGUAUGACUAUGGCAGUGCAUCGAUAAUGAGAGAGGGCUUGUUAUCCGUGUGUCGUCCUCUUGAAUUUAUACCCAAGGCAAGGCGCGAAGAAUUCCUAGAUGACUUGUUACCUCUAAUGGCGGAAAUUGCAGCUAAUAGAUUGGACAUCAAUACGGAAAAAGCAAAAAGUCUCAUAUCUGUUGAUUUGAUUGUGGCAUAUGGGCAAAGGCUGUAUAUUGAGAAUGAAGACGAUUUUUCUUAA